GGCGGUUACUGGUUUUCUGCACACAGUGAUGAUAACACCACAGGCGGCGGUCCGUUUCAAAACCACACCCUUUUCUAGUGAAACGAAACUCUGAAAAGUAUGUUUUAUAACUCUCGCUCUGACUGGCUGUCACUCAGACUCCGGCAUUUAGGAUUAGAAGCGCGCGUCUGGUCGUCAUGACUGCUUUUAAUUUUGGCCAUCGUGUUUUGGCAGCAAAUGUGGGUUUGAUAGCAGCUGCUGAACCCAGUUUGAUUCGUUUUGGUUUUGGCCAUCCUGUUUUGGCAGCAAAUGUGGGUUUGAUAGCAGCUGCUGAACCCAGUUUGACUAUUGAUCCCUGUAAACCAUCAGACAGUCUGAAUCAUCUCCAUGAAUUUGCUGAACUCUUUAAGAACCUUUUCAACAACGAAGACUUCAGCGACGUCCAGCUCACUGUCAACGGCAGCCUCCAGCUCAAUGCUCACAAGUUCCUCUUGGUCACUCAGAGCGACGUCUUCCAGACCAUGUUGUCCAGCGAACACUGGCCAGACUCCCAGCAGAAAAGCGUCAAGCUCACAGAGGAGGAUCAGUGCGUUCCCCACUUUGAGGACUUCCUCCGGUACUUCUACACUGGCUCCAUCACCAUCGUCACUGACAACGCCAUUCCAAUCCACAUGCUGGCCAAUAAAUACAACGUCUCCAAUUUGAGAAGCAGCGUCGAGAACUUCAUGGUGACCAACGUGUCUAUCAAAGGAACCCCAAACCCCGCCCUGCUGUGGAGGAGAUACGCCAAGCUUGCUGAUGUCACCGGGCUCGAGGAAGCUUGCGAAAACUUCCUCGCCUGGAACAUGGACCAGCUUAUGAGUUCGCCCGAAUGGACUGAAACUGACCACGAUCACCUCUUGGCUCUUCUCAAGAGAGACGACCUGGUGGUUGAGAGCGAAUUCACCUUGCUCAUUGGCGUCAUCAACUGGAUUGAUCAGCAUCCAAACCAGACUGAAGAGAUCUUAAAACACAUCAGGUACCCCAUGAUACCGCCCCAAGACUUAUUUCAGUACGAACCAUCAGCGAUUAAAGACCAGGACGCGCGCUCCUUUGUACUUUCACAGAGUUCGAUGGCUUACCAAGUCAACUCUGUACCUAUAGCCGUCAUAAAGCAGAGUUACGACAUCAGUUCAGCGGCUUUUACAGAGAGGAUUUAUACAUCAAAAACCAACGGGAGUCCUUUCGAAGUAACACAAUACAGUAAACAGGACAAAGACAGUCGUCGCAUAUCAUUAUCAACCAAGCAUUUCCAACAGAAGUUUGACUGGUCCAUCGAUUUCUACCCCAAAGGGCAAGGACCCAGUUAUAGUUUUAAAGGUGAUGACUGUGCUAAAUUAACAUGCCAGCUACGCAACUUCAGCUCAGCCGAGCAGAAAUAUGAGCACAAGCUCUGCAUCCUGCUGAUGAAGUUCGUCGACGAGGUGUGGUGCGUGCGGGACGUUAAAACCGUCAGUGUUGGUCCCUGUAAACAGGUCACCAUAAACAACCUGCUCCCCCUGUCAGCGAGAGGUCAGUAUGUGUGCAACGACACGAUGAAGCUUCAUUUCACUGGACAAACAUUCCCAGAGAAAGACGAUGACGAUGAGUUCCCCCAGCCCGCUAAAAAACUGUGCAUCGGUUGAUCAACACGAGCUCUGGAAGAAAGACUGAGCCUUCCUACACCCUGCAGCAUCAGCUUCCUCAAAUACCCCUUUUCCGCUGGUUACACCCCAGCCUCACUUGAGUUAAGAGUUUAAAAGCAGGCUGUUCUCCACUUCGUGCGCUGAUUGAUUCAUGCGUCCUUGUUUUAUGGAGAUCGUACCAUGCCUUGGUUUCCUUGGUAACUGUUACAGAUUGAGAAGUGGCUUUAUUCUGUAAUCUUUGAUUGAAAGUUGUUGCAAGUUCUGUUAUAAAGUGAUUUU